AUGGUGUACCGGCUAGGGCGCGAUGGAGUCGCGACGGCAAACCCUUCCACGCUGGCGCUGCGGCCGUCCGUGACUGAAGGACAGAGCUGCAGAGAGCAGACAGAAGUCAGUCUGUUGACGACUUGCCAGCUUCCCUUUUCUCUCAUUUUGCCUCACGUCUUCGAAGGCAGCGGCGCGAUUCAAGCCCAACUGUCAAGCGCCUUCAGGACGGAUGAGGAAGCGGAGAGACAGAAGGCGCAAGUACCCUGCAAAGGGCGUGCGAGAGGCCGGGGGCGCGCGAGGCUCGGGCGAAAAAGGUCGCCCCUUUGGCGCUGCUUCCUCCUGGCGCGGCUGUGCCUCCUCAUGGUAGCUCACGUUGCCGCUGCAGGACACGGCAACGCAGUCUCGUGGUCAGGUGACGGCCCUGCGACUUUUCGCGGCCCUCUCGCUACUCGCCGUCUGUCGCCGCUUCCUCUUCCUGUGGAUAGCCGUUGCCGUCUUCCAUUCCCUGCGUCUCACGCAGUGCCGCCAGGGGCGCGUGGCGCCCGACACAAACUCCCCACGGCCGCGGCCGGAGUUCAAGUCAGCAAAGCCUUGCGGGAAGGGCGCUUGUCGCUGUGUGAUGUCGGGAAGUCGGGGGAGCUGGGAUCGUGGAGUCCUAGGGAGGGGAUCGCUGUUCCACUUCAGACUGAAUCUUCGAAAUCCCGAGAGAGGCGAGCACGCGACGAUCGAGGCGCGCCGGUCCCCUUCGCCGGCCGGUGCGUCCUCAGCCGUCCGUCCUCGUUUCUUUUGUGGGCGUUUUUGGGCUUUAGAGGCCCUCGAGGAGGUUCAGCGCAUUUGUGCGUCUGGGCUUUGCGAAGAUGGACAGCGUCGACAUCUGCAUCGGGUUUCAGAGGACGUCGCGAUCCAGCGAAGAGUGCAUUCACGGUCUCUGUAGGACACUGCAGACCUGGAACUCUGCCCGCCAACGCGGCGUCCAGGCGACUCACUUGGCAGACAGGCGCCUCCUCACUGUGCAGCUUGGCCGCAGCUCCAGGCAACGCCCAGCACCCACAACCAGUCAGGUCUUACUCCACGAAAGGGCGGGAAGGUCUCACGAUGCGAUCAGAGAGCAGAAGCGAAAGCCCAGGGCCUGCACGUGGUGCCGCCAAGCGAGGAGCGGACGACGACGAAUCGGCCGAUGCGGCGGAGGCGGCCGAGUGCGACAGCGACGGCGACGCGUGGUUGGCGGAUUCUGAUGUCGAGAAUUUUGGAGAGCAGACGAAUGCAGACGACCCCAGCGGGGACGAAAAGAGAGCCUACCGACGGAUGAAAGCCAAGAGAGAACAGAAGGCAAAAAAGCAGCUCAGAAAAGAGAUUCGCCUUUCCCCGCGAAUAGCUGACCAUGAUUUGCAGGUCAAGGCCAACCGGGCGCGACAAUUCCUUGCAGAAAAGAACCAGGUUGUCUUCACGAUUCAGCUGCGCGGCCGUGAGCGAAGCAAUCCGGAGUUAUACCGACCGCUUCUAGAUCGCAUAGCUGUAAUGUUGAGCGACAUUGCAGCACCCGCAAAUGCGGUAAAGCAGCAGCCUAACGCGCUCAUUCAGCUAUUUCAACCAAGGAAGAAAAAGGGGGCAAGCAACCCUGCAGCACUGCCUCCCGCGGUAACGUGA